AUGAUAAAUAAUUUAACUCGUUUUCGAGUUCUUCAAUUAUACAAACGUAUUAUAAAAUUAUCUCAUUCAUGGCAAUCAAUUAAUCAUCCAUUAAAAACAUCUGAAGAACAAUUAUAUAUUCGUAAUGAAGCUCGAGAAUUAUUUCGAAAAAAUCAACAUGUUAAUAAUCUAAAUGAAAUUGAAGAACAUAUUCGUGAAGGUGAAGCACGAAUUGAAUUAGCUUGUCAUUAUAAAAAUCCAUAUCCACGACCAGUUAAUUUACCAACUUAUUCAUUACCACCUAAUCAUAAUCGUAUUCGAUUUAAAAGUGAAUAUGAAAUUGAAGAUAUAUCAAGACCAAUUUAUUUAAAAUCUUAUGAAACUAAAGAAGAUAUUCCCGAUAACGAAGAACAAUUGAAAACUGAUAAAUCAUAA